AUGCCGUCGAGCGCAAAUAGCAUGCUUGGAGGCGGCCUUGUUGCCAGCAUUGCGACCUGUCCUUUGGAUGUGAUCAAGACUCGGCUCCAGGCGCAACACCAUGCUCACGGAUCGAAGGGAUAUAUGGGUGUGGUCGCCACCGUCAAAACUAUCCUCAACCACGACGGCAUCCGCGGCUUGUACCGUGGCCUGGGCCCCACCAUCUUAGGUUACCUCCCGACUUGGGCAAUAUAUUUUGCGGUAUACGAUGGCAUAAAGACUCAUUUUGGUGAGAACCCGCUGGGAGAUGUAUCGGCUGUACGACAUGUCUAUCCUGCCGCCCAGGUGAAAGGGUACCAACCCUUGUCACGAGAACAUCCUUGGACACUACACAUUCUGUCCGCUAUGGCCGCUGGUGCGACUAGUACCAUCUGCACAAAUCCGCUAUGGGUCAUCAAGACUCGUUUUAUGACACAACCUUUCACCGAGAGAAGAUAUCGACACACGUUUGAUGCCGCGCGUACAAUAUACCGGACUGAGGGCUGGCGGGCGUUUUUCCGCGGUCUACUUCCCAGUCUCCUUGGAAUAUUACACGUUGGCGUGCAGUUUCCUUUAUAUGAGCAACUCAAAACAUGGGCUCGGCGACGUUAUGCGAGAGAGGAUCUCUUACCACAGCAAUUCCUUGCUUGCUCCGCCGUGUCCAAGAUGACGGCAUCUAUUGCGACAUAUCCUCACGAGGUCGUGAGGACGCGACUACAGACACAAAGAAGACCGCUUGUUAGUGGUGGAAGCCAGGCGAUUGACAGACCACGAGCAGGAAUCAUACAAACUGUGAAGACGAUUGUACACCGUAUCCAGUACGAUUACGACGAUGGCAAAUCUAGAGACAGCGGUGCAGCCGGGAGCGAAACAUGCCAUAUGCGCAUAACUAAUACUACCCCCCCUCCUUCCCUCACCUGGAGCAGUGCGGAGACCAGCAGCCAGAAAUUCGAAUUGGGAGACAAGGAGCGUAGACCAUCGACACGCGCGGCGUGGACGAGUUGGAGCGGAGUGGAGGAAGGCUGGGCAUCUAGUGGAGAAAGGAACAUGGGCGCAAUUGGGAUGCCAGAGGGACGGAGCACUACCGCUCGGGGGCACCUGUCGAAGUGGUGGGCUAUGACGCAAACGGAGCGAAGGCAACAAGUAAAGACCGGACAGGCCGCGAUUGGCCCAACGUGCGGGCAUAGGGUCGGUACCAAGGACAUGAAGCGGAGUACGAAGGGUCCGUAG